AUGGAAUUGGUUGGUCUGACGGGUGUACAUUCGCUGAUUACAAGGAUGAGCGAUCACGAUCGCGAAAGAGCCCUGCACCAUACCAAGCGGGUCUACUGCGGCCGCAUGCGAGCCUGCGAGCACGGACGACAGAUGAGGUUUCGCAUGGGUCGUCAACGAGCCGAAAUGGCCAUUGACAAGCACAUGGAAUACUUUGACUCGGCCAUGAUGGGCAUCCGUGGCCACGACUGCCACAACAUGUACCGCGGUUGCAUGGACUUCCAAUGAGCCUUCUGACCGUGGGAACCUGCGGACCGAACUGA